AUGGUCAAUGUUGCUAUUGCAGGAGGCACCGGCGCCUUGGGCCGUGCCAUCGUCGAGGCCUUCCAAGAUUCACCACAUAAGAUCUUUGCACCCUCAGAUUUCAAGUCUGUUGGAAAUGCUAUCGCGGUGCAGGUCGACUAUAAUAACGUCGAGAGCAUGCGCGACGCCCUUGAGGAACACAGCAUCCAUACCGUCAUCUCAGCACUGUCUCUCAACGAUGCGUCCGAGUGUACAUCCCAGCUGAACCUUAUCCGUGCUGCUGAUGCAGCCGAAUCGCCGAAACGGAACUGGCUGCAUCUUCCAGUCAUCAAGAAUCGAGUCGAAUCUGUCGAGCUCCUGAGGACAACGACUUCACUUGAGUGGACACGCUUCACUAUAGGCACAUUCAUGGAUUACUUUGGCGCACCACACAUCAAGACGUAUCUGCCUCCAAACUCGUGGCCAAUUGACAUGAUCAACGCGGCGGCUGCGCUGCCGGGAGAUGGGGAAGCUCAAAUGACAUUCACUUACAGCUUCGACGUUGCGCAAUUCGUCGUGAAGUCGCUGGAUCUACCAAGAUGGGAUGAGGAGAUGAGGAUCGUUGGCGAUACAGUCAAGCUCAAUGACUUUUUGAAGAUGGCAGAGGAGGCGAGGGGCAAGAAGUUCGACGUCAAGUACGAUGAUAUGGAGAAGCUACAACGUGGCGAAGUUACUGAGCUGCCGGGGAUGGAGAGUCUCUAUAUUUACUUCCCAAAGAGUGAGCUGCAGGAGACAAUGUCUGCAUUUGGGCAGUGGACGGUCCAGGGGUUCAUGGCGCUGGACCGUGAAGGUGCGCUAAACGAUAAGUUUCCAGAAGUCAAGACGUUGAAGAUCAGGGAGAUGCUGGACCAAUGCUGGAAGGGGAAAUGA